AUGGAGCUGGCCGUCGAGAUUCGAAAAGCAGAGCUUGUUCUGAAGAAGGAGGCCACGUCCAAGUAUUUGGCAAAGUGGAAGGCACCCUUCGCCGUAGAACCACCCGUCAACGUAGAGUUAGUACGCCUCGUCACUACUAGAGUACUGUCAACCAAUGAUUACACAGAAUGGCCCAGCAGCUCUCAUAGUUCCGUCGAAGAAGAAGACGAAACUGGGUGAACCGUUAGCAUCAUUAUCGGUCUACGCGAAGCCUAUCUGCUAGAAGAAAUGGACGACAAGGACCUCAACACGUUGUUUGGAUUCCUACGUUACAAGUACUAUUUCGCGUGA